CGAAUCGCAUCGCUUUCAAUAAGACUCAUUUCACGAAGCAUCGAACAAUUGUUCUGCUUGGGAAUCAAGGUCGUCUUCUUGUCUUGUUUCGGAUCAACCGAUGCGGUGAUAAAAAUAUUUUUGUUGUUUGCCCCAGUGUCUUGAUGGCCAUCUGAUGAUGCAUCGAACAUUCAUUUCGGGAGGCUCCUUGAAGUGCCUCAGCGCCAAUGGCUAUCUAUCAUCGAAGAGCACAUCAGACUUGACGUCCAAGACGUUCACGAGGUCCUUCGGCAAGCAUAAAACCAAAAAGGGCACCACAUUUCUUCUCGAUCCCCAAUUGCGUGCCGAUCGCUUAAAGGCCGCCGGAGAACAAGCAUUGCAAGCAAAAUAUGAGCGUAAUGCAUACAACAAGCGCUACCGUGAGCGACGACAGGAACUCGCGGACAAGAAGAAGGAGAAAGAUGACGACAAAAAGAAAAUUUCAGCUGCAGGAAUAUACAUGGCUGCAAUUAAACAGCCAGCAAAAGACGCGAUGAAAGCAAUGAAGGAGGAUUGGGAACUGGGUCCGUUAGCACCUAGAAGAGAUGUCGGUGAAAUGGCGGGCAGAUUGGGUACUGUCGAUAUGGGAUUGCAUCACCUACAUCCCCUUAGCAAAAGGCAGAAGGAGGAGGUGAAAAAGGCAAUGGGGGACAAUGAGUUCCGAGUGCAUGAUCGCGUUGUUGUUCUGACGGGAAGGGAUAGAGGCAAGAUCGGGCAAAUUCUCGAAAUUGAUGAAGAGAACUUGAGUGCUACUAUUGAUGGCAUAAACAAGAUUCCGAUCCAUGUGCCAAAAUACAUGGCUCAAUAUGACUCCGACGACCGCGACUUCCGUGUCCUUCGCAGAAAUGUUCGUCUCCACGAGAUCAGACUUGUCUGCCCCAUUCGUGACCCCGACACACAAAAGGUUCGCGAAGUCAUUCUUGAUCGUAUGGAUCUCAAGAAGGUACUCGUUUACGCCCCUGGCAAGACGGCCGACAUCGAAGCGGGCUCAACCCCCCUGCCGACUGACCAGGGCGAAACAAUACAACGUGAAAGUAAAGAAGCGUAUGAGUUGGAGGACUACAAAUGGAAGACCAUUAGGUAUAUCCCAGGCACAACCACCGAGAUCGUAGAUCACUCCGAAAUCUAUGAUGAACACAACUACGACGCCGAAUAUGGUCCUGAUGAUACGCUACUAGUUUCUGUGCACGCGCAAACCUACUGGCCCGAGAUCAUUGAACAUCCAAUGCCGCCUAGCGUCCUUAAGGAAAUUAGCUUGAAGGGCAGGAAGGAGGUCACUAAAUUCAGCGAGAAAAUUGAGGAUUCUAUCCGCGAAAAGGCUGAGGCCAAGGCACGUAAACAGUUCGAGCUUCAGGACAAGAUCCGAACUCCUCUCCAGGAACUCAAGCAGGAGAUCAGAAAAGUUCAACGAGAGGCUCUCAGGGCCAGGAGGGCGGAAUUUAUAGGUCCCAGUGACGCUGUAGAGUUACGUGGACAGAAUCAAGCGCAGUCUCCAGUAAACUCGUAUGAGAAAGGAGAAGUUGAAAGCGAGAACUCACAACAACACGUCACGAAACCGCAACCCGUUUCGGACGUCAUGAUUCAAAUUGGACGGGCAAUGGCGAUCAAUUGGGCUAAGAAUCCUAAUGUCGUUACUGGCAAUAGGAGAAGACUUUUGGAUGAGGUCCUUGAGCAGGAGGUGGCCACUACGCAAGUGACAGGUACAGAGGCUAGAGUGUAACAUUUAUUCAUCGUCGAUUCGUGUUGCAAUGUAGUACUAGUUGUAGAUUUCCAAUGCAAGAUUCGAAGGUUGAGCGUAAUAUCACAUACACAACGAAUCUGCUCGCUCUACUAUACAGACAUUUGUCUACGGUUUUGUUCAGUGAAUAUCAC